CUCUUUAUCGUUCUUUCUCUGCUUCUCCACCAUGUUCAAACCCCUCAUUCAUUUCAAUUUUCAUGGGCAUUUGCUUCUCACUUCCAAACACUCACCAUCAUUACUAGAAUACUAAAAAUAUAUUUAUAAUAAUCCACCCAUUAUUGCUCUUUUUUAACACACUAGUGACACUAGUCUACAGUCCACACGAAAACAUUCAUUGUUCCUACUGUGCCUUCCAGCUCCUUUAAAAAGUAGUGUGUUGAGUGAGUGUUUUUCUACUUCCAUGGAUUCCUAUGAAGCUACUAAGGCGGUUUUCUCAAGGAUCCAAACCUUGGACCCAGAAAACGCCUCCAAAAUCAUGGGCUACCUUCUCUUGCAAGACCAUGGUGAGAAGGAGAUGAUACGCUUGGCCUUUGGACCAGACACCAGUCUGCACAAUCUCAUCCUCAAAGCCAAAACCCACUUGGGGAUUCCUUCAAACGCUUCCCCUUCCUCCUUUUCAAGGUCCACCUCCUUUUCAAGAACCACUGCAGCCAUUAAUGGCUUUGACGUCGCAAACGUUAACCCAUCGUCCCCUUCCUCCUGCAACCCUUGGCCUUGCACUGGGUUUUCCGCUCCGGCUCCUUCUUACGCCAGUGUUGUCAAGGAGAGUAGUAAUAUUGGUUCCGGCUCAUUUUCAUCUUCUAUGGCAUUGCCAUAUAGUUCUUCUAGUCAUGACCUCAUUGAUGACUACCAGCUUCAAGACCAUCUUGCUUUCCUCAACGAUUCGAAGAUCGAUGAUUUGUUCGAUCCGCCGCGGCUAGAGUUAGCCGUCAGCCCGAGUGCUUAUCCUGAAUCCCCAUUGCAUAAACGAAGCUACUUGGCUGAAGAUGCAAGCUCUGGGCUUGGAUGGAAGCCGUGCUUGUAUUUCGCGAGAGGGUUUUGUAAAAAUGGCAGCAGCUGCCGGUUUCUUCACAGCGAUUCCGUGGACACUACUACUGCUAAUAUUGUCGGUUCGCCGAGUAAACUGAAUGAGUUUGAACAGUGCCAAGAGUUACUCCGAUCAAAGGCUGCCCACCAGCAAAAACUUGCCGGGGGGUCACAGUUCAUGGCCGGAGCUUCGUUCCCGUACAACAAGUGCUUGAAUAUUUUAAUGCAACAACAGAAUGAAACCCGGAGCAGAUCGGUAGCAGCAGCAGCAUUGAUGAUGGGGGAUGAGCUUCACAAGUUUGGGCGGUGCCGGCCUGAAAGGAAUGAUUUUUCGCCCAUGGGAUUGGGAGGAAUGGUGAAUCCAGGUUCGAGACAGAUUUACUUGACUUUCCCAGCUGAUAGUACUUUCAGAGAAGAAGAUGUUUCCAAUUACUUUAGCAUUUAUGGACCAGUGCAAGAUGUGAGGAUUCCAUACCAGCAGAAGCGAAUGUUUGGAUUUGUUACAUUUGUCUAUCCGGAGACGGUGAAGAUCAUUUUGGCCAAAGGGAACCCUCAUUUUGUUUGUGAUUCGCGUGUGCUUGUUAAGCCUUAUAAGGAGAAGGGAAAGAUACCGGACAAGAAGCAACAACAACAGCAGCAGCAACAGUUGGAGAGGGGAGAGUUUUCACUGUGUUCAAGUCCAUCUGGGCUUGAUUCUAGAGAGCCUUUUGACCUCCAGUUUGGAGCAAGAAUGUUUUAUGAUACUCAAGAGAUGUUGUUGAGAAGGAAACUAGAGGAACAGGCUGAUUUGCAGCAAGCCAUUGAACUACAAGGGAGAAGGCUUAUGAAUCUGCAACUUCUGGACUUCAAGAAUCAUCCAUAUCAUCCUCAGCAAUACCAUCACAGUUUACCUGUUGGGUCCCCCAUUCCCUCGCCAACCCUAACUCGCGCUCCGGACAACCAGAACCUCUUUCCUCUGUCGGAUGGCAUUGAUCAACAAGUCCCAACAGAGAGAAAUGGUGACCCAGUUGCAGCCGUUUCUCAAACUUGUGCUCUAGAUUCUGAUCAGCAACUGCAGCAGGAAGUGAGUCCGGCUUUCAGUAAUGGCCAUGUUGAUAGCAGGGACAAGGAGGAGAAAUCAUAUCCUGAAGAAAAUGACCUCCCUGAAAGCUUAGAGCCUAUCCUCCCUGAUAGUCUCUUUGCUCGUCCUAAAAAGCCAGCUGAUGAGCACCUCACCACUGCUUCCGCGCCAGCCGAUGAAAACACCUCAACUGCUUCAUCUUCUUCUAACAGUAACCAAAUACUGCCUUCCACUUCCCCCAUCGCCAUGGCUUCACUUAAAAAUAUUUUCUCCAAAUGCCCAGGUUUUCUUUUGGGCAUGGAAUGUAGUUGACAGAGCGUGAGCAUGGCUAGCAACAGCAAGGGGUUUUUUGAGAUGCACGAAAGGUUUGAGAAGCAUAAACUAAAGAAGGAAAAUCCUCUAGCUGUACAGCCAAAUCAUACCUAUAUCAAAGAAAACUUGUAGACAAGAUCGGAUCACCAUCAUCAUCAUCAUCAUCAAUACAAGUCAUACUACUUACAAUAAAUACAUAAUGCAUACGUAAAAGGACAGAUGAACUGGUUUAUGGGGGUGGGGCCUUUCUCUUUCCUUACUGUGUACACUCUCUCUGCGUGUGUGUGCUGGACCACAGCAUUAGUACAAGAAAGGCUAGUUCUGUAACUUGCUAGUAUUAGUACAUAUUCUUAUUUACCCUUUAUGUGUUUUCUUUCUUUUACCACCCUAUCUUGUGAGUUACAAAAAGACAACCUAUAGAGGAAGUCUGUCUGUAUUAUGCAGAAGUGACCUGUAUGUUGUACAGUAGACCCAAGAAAGUUUUAAGAAACUGUAGCAGAAGCUUAACAACUA